AAAAAAGAAUUGCAGAAAAAGAGUGGAUAGUGUUAAGAAGAUGAUCACACACAAUUUCCAUAGCCAUUUAUAGAUAGCUAGAAGAGCUAAAGAAGAUUCCUUUUUUUAACUCUGCUGGAAAAAUCUUUUUGUCUCUCUCUCUAAAUCUAAAUAUUAUAUACUACUACUCUCUCUCUCUAGACCCCAUUCACAUAUUUAAUCUUUAACUCAUUUCUCCAUCGACGUUCUUGCACAUCCCACUUUCUCUCUUUCUUCAACUUGCAAAAAAGAUUAAAAAUCCAAUCUUUCGUUUCUGGGUCUGUUGAAAAACGAUGACUGUUGAACAAAAUUUAGAAGCUUUGGAUCAGUUUCCUGUAGGAAUGAGAGUUCUUGCUGUUGAUGAUGACCAAACUUGUCUCAAAAUCCUUGAAUCUCUCCUUCGUCACUGCCAAUACCAUGUAACAACGACGAACCAAGCACAAAAGGCUUUAGAGUUAUUGAGAGAGAACAAGAACAAGUUUGAUCUGGUUAUUAGUGAUGUUGACAUGCCUGACAUGGAUGGUUUCAAACUCCUUGAGCUUGUUGGUCUUGAAAUGGACCUACCUGUCAUAAUGUUGUCUGCGCAUAGUGAUCCAAAGUAUGUGAUGAAGGGAGUUACUCAUGGUGCUUGUGAUUAUCUACUGAAGCCGGUUCGUAUUGAGGAGUUGAAGAACAUAUGGCAACAUGUCGUGAGAAGUAGAUUUGAUAAGAACCGUGGGAGUAAUAAUAAUGGUGAUAAGAGAGAUGGAUCAGGUAAUGAAGGUGUUGGGAAUUCUGAUCAGAACAAUGGGAAAGGUAAUAGAAAACGUAAAGAUCAGUAUAAUGAAGAUGAGGAUGAGGAUAGAGAUGAUAAUGAUGAUUCGUGUGCUCAAAAGAAGCAACGUGUUGUUUGGACUGUUGAGCUGCAUAAGAAAUUUGUUGCAGCUGUUAACCAAUUGGGAUAUGAGAAGGCUAUGCCUAAAAAGAUUUUGGAUCUGAUGAAUGUUGAGAAGCUCACUAGAGAAAAUGUGGCCAGUCAUCUUCAGAAAUUCCGCCUUUACUUGAAGAGGAUCAGUGGUGUGGCUAAUCAGCAAGCUAUUAUGGCAAACUCUGAGUUACAUUUUAUGCAAAUGAAUGGACUUGAUGGUUUCCAUCACCGCCCAAUCCCUGUUGGAUCUGGUCAGUACCAUGGUGGGGCUCCUGCAAUGAGAUCUUUCCCUCCAAACGGGAUUCUUGGCAGACUCAAUACUCCUUCGGGGAUCGGUGUCCGCAGCCUUUCUUCUCCUCCUGCAGGAAUGUUCUUGCAAAACCAGACCGAUAUCGGAAAGUUUCACCAUGUCUCAUCACUUCCUCUUAACCACAGUGAUGGAGGAAACAUACUUCAAGGGUUGCCAAUGCCUUUAGAGUUCGACCAGCUUCAGACAAACAACAACAAAAGUAGAAACAUGAACAGUAACAAGAGCAUUGCUGGGACCUCCAUGGCUUUUCCUAGCUUCUCUACGCAACAAAACUCGCUCAUCAGUGCUCCUAAUAACAAUGUCGUGGUUCUAGAAGGUCACCCACAAGCAACUCCUCCAGGCUUCCCAGGACACCAGAUCAAUAAACGUUUGGAGCAUUGGUCAAAUGCUGUAUCCUCUUCGACUCACCCUCCUCCCCCGGCACAUAACAGUAAUAGUAUCAAUCAUCAGUUCGAUGUCUCUCCAUUACCGCAUUCUAGACCCGACCCCUUGGAAUGGAACAAUGUGUCAUCAAGCUACUCUAUACCAUUCUGUGACUCUGCCAAUACAUUGAGUUCUCCAGCCUUGGAUACAACAAAUCCCCGAGCUUUCUGUAGAAACACGGACUUCGAUUCAAACACAAAUGUGCAACCUGGAGUCUUUUAUGGUCCAUCCACGGAUGCUAUGGCUCUGUUGAGUAGUAGUAACCCGAAAGAAGGGUUCGUCGUAGGCCAACAGAAGUUACAGAGUGGUGGAUUCAUGGUUGCAGAUGCUGGUUCCUUAGAUGAUAUAGUCAACUCCACGAUGAAGCAGGAACAGAGCCAGGGAGAUUUGUCUGGAGGAGAUUUGGGAUAUGGAGGGUUUAGUUCACUCAGAACAUGCAUAUGAGAGAACAAACAUUUAGACAUAAAUCAAAUAUCAUCAUCUUGUUUGUCUCUUUUUCUCGCUAAUCUUUUGUGUAUUAAAAUUGUAAACUAUUUGUUUUCCCACUGGUUCUAGCAAUUUAGGACUCCAUUAAAGAAAACAACAAAGAAAAAAGGAUUCAUAAAUAAACUUUCUUACUUUUUUAUUUUAAUG